AUGCCUUCUCCUCACUUGGAAUCAGGCAUCCUCCCCAGUGCAAACUCACUCCCAACUCCUGCAUCACCUGAACACAUCCCAGCAAUUGGGAGGAUCCAAGUAAACAAGACCUUCUAUGAGGUGCUUGAUGUAUUAUUCUUGAGCACAGGCUUUCUAGGAAGGGGUACUGUUUGUUACCUUGCAUGCUACAAUGGGGAAUACUACAUCAUCAAGGAUUAUUGGGUGGAGGAGUCGGAGCAGAGGACAGCCCUGCACAAAGUCAACAUGAUGAAGCUGGUCCAGGACAUUGACAGAGUUCCCAAGUUGCAACACUACUGGGUCAUCGAGGUUGAGCCAGGCAUUGUCAAUGAAACUGAAUGGUAUUGUGAUGAGAAGUGGCGAUCAUGCAUGAAGUCUUGGAGAACUCAUGUGCGAUUGGCUAUGAAGCCAUGUGCAAGGCCAAUUGUAAUGUUCAAGACAAAAAAGGAACUCAUUUCAUGCAUCCAAGAUAUUUUACAAAUCCAACAGCAGGCACUCGAGAGGGGUGUCCUCCAUCAAGAUUGUAGGAUCAUCAAUACAAUGAUAAAGGACUUCACAAAUGGGUCACAUGGCUUUCUCCUUGACUGGGAAUUUGCUGUAUGGGUCACAUUACAGGGGGAAUAUGACUUGGGCAGCACAUAUGCAAAGGGGAAAGUCCCCUUCCUUUCAGUGAAUAUCCUCUGCCAACUCAAGGAAGCCAUCACUAAAAGUGGAAAGACUAAUGUCCCAUCGAUCAGGAAAAGCACCUCUCUCACCCACAUAUUCAUUGAUCACCCUACUACUAUACACCAUACAUUUGUGGAUGAUAUCAAAUCCCUGUUCUACAUUUUCAUCUGGAUCCUCAUCCUUUAUGAUGGGCCACUUGGCCAUGAGCAUCAAGAUAUCAGCCAUGAAAAGACACUUCUUGGCUUGUGGAGUGAAAAGGUGGCCAAAGAUCUCAAAAUUGCCAGAUGUGCCAAGUUCACAUUCCUUAAUGACCUGUCUGAGUUGAGGCUGGAUUCUGAGCUCUUGCAAUAUUUUCAAGAUCUAAUCCCUCUGGCUAAUGAGUGGUGCAUAUUGCUUGGGCAGUCCCUGCUGAGUGGAACUGCAGUGCAGUUCUCUGACAUUAUCUCCCUUUUUGAUUGUUUCUUGGCCAGCAUGCCAUAUGAGAAACCACUGGAGAUGAUGAAUGCAUUCCAGCAGAUCAUUGCCCAGCACAAAGCACUUAAUUCAAGCAUGUAUCCAAGUCAGGAGAAUGAUAUGGAUGUUAUGUCUUCAGCAAUUAUGUCUUCUAAAUGCCUUUGUGAAGAGUGUUUCAAUUCAUUUGCAAUGUCCACCCAAUCUGGAACAAUCCUGCCAAAAAAAGAAGGAUAG